GAGCUGGAGACAAGAGCAGAGGCUGAACUCGGGAUCUGACAAGAUGGCCGGGCUGCCCCACAGGAUCAUCAAGGAAACCCAGCGUUUGCUGGCAGAACCAGUUCCUGGCAUUAAAGCAGAACCAGCUGAGAGCAACGCACGUUAUUUUCAUGUGGUCAUUGCUGGCCCCCAGGACUCCUCCUUUGAGGGAGGGACUUUUAAACUUGAACUAUUCCUUCUAGAAGAAUACCCAGUGGCAGCACCUAAAGUAUGUUUCAUGACCAAAAUUUACCAUCCUAAUGUAGACAAGUUGGGAAGAAUAUGUUUAGAUAUUUUGAAAGAUAAGUGGUCCCGAGCACUGCAGAUCUGCACAGUUCUGCUAUCAAUCCAGGCUUUGUUAAGUGCUCCUAACCCAGAUGAUCCAUUAGCAAACAAUGUAGUCGAGCAGUGGAAGACCAAUGAAGCCCAAGCCAUAGAAACAGCGAGAGCAUGGACUAGACUAUAUGCCAUAAAUAAUAUUUACAUUGAUCAGAUCAUCAAGUGUAUAUCACUUCCGUUCUGCCAAGACUUCUUCCUUUUUCGUUUGUUUGUUUGCAUUUAA